AUGUUGAGCUGCGCCAUCCUCGACACAGUAGUGGCCGGAAUGUCCCGGUUGCGCCCGGGCUGUCCUUCCACGUCGGCCGUCGGGAACAAGGGUGAUGGUGGCGGAACCGAUGUGUCAGCCUCGGAAGCGUCACCAGUAGCCGAUAGCAACAUCGGAUCCAUAGCAGAGGAGAAGAAGUGCAAGGCACGCGGAAAUGCCCCCAAGAAAAACAGCGACAUGGGCGAAAAGAAGCCUCCCCGAGACCGGUGGACUGGGUAUGAAGCUCAGGCUGCAGCCAAGACGUCGGCGGAAGCGGGCGCCGAGAGACGCGACCUCGGAGGCCAUGACCGUGGUAGUUGUCAUGACAACAACAGCGUCACCACCACCAACAGCAUCGGCAAUACCACCCACACCACCCACACCAGCACCAAUGCCUCCAACAAGAAUGAGAAGGCGGGCCCCACCGGAGAGAACCUCUUGCGACCGUACGUCAUCGACUUGAAAGCGGAGAUCAGUCACGCGCAUCCACAGAUCCUACGCCUUGGCGAGACCAUCCACUUGUUCCAGCCGCCUGGCGCUCCUGGGGGCUCCUGGGAAGAGAUGGAGGCCGUUGCGUGGCUCAUAGAACAAAACCCGGAUGGCCAGGUAUCCAUCAAGUAUCGCGUCGACCCGCGGGGAGACCGUGACAUGGUGGAGGGCUGCCCCCUCUUGAAAAAGAUCGGAGGACGAAAGUACGUCCCCGUCGGCCUACACCUCGGGCGGUACUCCGAAAAGGAAUGGACGCACCAUGGGCUUCUCCUUCUUUCGGGCAUGCAUCAGAUGGGGGAGUGGCUAGCGCACGAGAGAGUCAAGAAAGAGCGAACUGCUGAGGCUCGCAUCGGCGGAGUGAAGACGUCAUACCGCAAGCUGAUGCAAGAGAGGACGAAGGCUCACCUUUCAGAUGUGGUGGCGGAAGCUACUGUCCGCAGUAAACCCCACGCCAACAGUGGCGACGGGGGCGGGGCAUCCUCGUCCAAACUGGUCAAACUCAGCCCAGAAGUCGACGAUUCGAUUGUCUUCAAUUUGGUGGCGGAGAGACGUGUUCUUUCGGCUCAAAAGCUAUCCAAGCAGCUGUACUACGUUGCGGCGGUGCUGGCCAUCGUCACAUCUUCGAGAGAGGUGGAGGUCGUGCGCCGCCCGGGACUCAAGGCGCUGGCGAGGCUGGCCUCCGACAACCGCCAGACGCUGCUAGAGAUAGGUAGACCCCACUUUUCCUUCACACCAUUGCCCUGCUUGGCCUCUCUCUCUCUCCGCCGUUUCCUUGGACAAAAAGGCCGCGCGGGAGGUAUCGAGGCUUCGAUAUCCAUGCUGCGAGAACUCGGUCAGUGCCGAGAUGUGCAGGAGAACGGCUGCUGGCUCUUGGCACUCCUGUCGCAGGUGGCCGAGUUCAGCCGAAUUAUCGGGCACGAAGGGGGCUGCGAGGAAGUUUGCAAGGUACUCAAGAGUUGUGCGAAGUUCGGCGGCGCUUGCCCGCGCACCCAGUCGUGGGCACUGGGGUGCCUCGCCAACCUGCUCGGGUGUCGUGCGAACCGCCGGAGGUUGCUUGGUGUGGGGCGAGGGUGGGGGGAGGGGGCAACGGCGAUGUCGGAGGAGGAGGAACGGCCAGCAGGGGACCGGAAACCCCAUCAAGAAGAAUGCGGGGAGGAAGAUGGAAUUCUCCAACAAGGAGAAUAUAAGCAUCUUGGAGAAGAAAGAAACUCACGAACAAGCGGAGAACGAAAAGGAGAGAGGGAAGGGAGCCGGGGGGCGUCGUGGGUCCAAAGCGGCGACAACGGCUGCAACGACAGAACCGCUAGUGGCCUUGGACUUCCUCACUGGAUACACACCGUCCUCGCCAACAGCGACCGCGUCGCGUGCGACAGAGGCGCGCAGUACUCGGGCAUCGCGUGCGUGCGCGAGAUAGCGGCGGCGGGGCGCGCCCCCGCCCGAGUGAUGAAGUCGUCGGGAGUUCCCGGACUGAUCGGGGCCACUAUCGAAAAGUGCGCCACGUUUGGGGCAACGGACCAACGGCUUCGGGAUCAGGCGAACAGCGCCUUGCGGUUAAUGUCGACGGCCUGA